UUAUCUCCAAGUUUAACACAAGCUAGAUAGUCAUUUACUUUCAAAUCUAGGCACACCCACAGUAGCUAUUGAUUUUAAGAUAUAAAAACAAACACCCUUAGGUGCACAUAGCACAGGUAGGAGCCAUGGCUUUGCACCGGCAGGUUUUGUGGUUUGCUGGUUAGCCGUCAGGCUGGAGCGAGGGAUGGCACUGCUCACAUCUCCUGAGGACGACCUGGACAAUUCCUACCAAUGGGAUGAGGAUUAUGAUUGUCUGCCCAGUCGUGGGAGUAUAGAGCAAGAGGAGGAAGGGGAUAAUGUGGAACAGGAAGAGGAGUAUGUCUGUCUUCCCAGUUGUGGAAGUACAGAGCAGCGGGAGGAAGAGGAGAAUGUGGAACAGGAAGAGGAAUAUGUCGGUCUUCCCAGUUGUGGAAGUACAGAGCAGCAGGAGGAGAUGGAUGAAGAGCAACAAGUUCUGUGUGAAGUGUUGUGUGCUGACAGAGUGGGCCAGAUGACGAAGACCUACAGCGACAUAGACGCUGUCACUCGACUGCUGGAAGAGAAAGAGCGUGAUCUGGAGCUAGCGGCACGUAUUGGACAGUCGCUGCUGAAGAAAAACAAAGCCCUCAGUGAGAGGAACGAGCUGCUGGAGGAGCAAGUUGAGCACAUGCGAGAGGAGGUGUCUCAGCUGCGGCACGACCUGUCCAUGAAAGAUGAGCUGUUACAGUUCUAUGCCAGCGCUGCCGAGGAGAGCGAGGGAGAGUCUACCACCUCCACACCUGUGCAUCCCACUGAAACCACUGUUCCUACUCCAACAUUUUUCCCCCUGGACUCCCUGCAGAAGAAACUCAAAGAUCUGGAGGAGGAAAACAAAUCGUUGCGAUCUGAGGCGAAUCAUUUAGAGAUAGAAACCAUCUCCUACGAGGAGAAGGAGCAACAACUUGUCAAUGAUUGUGUCAAAGAACUGCGUAAUGCCAACCUGCAGAUGUCCUCUCUGGCCGAAGAUCUGGCCAGGAAGUCUGAAGACGCCUCCAGACAGCAGGAGGAGAUCACACACCUCCUCUCCCAGAUAGUAGACCUCCAGAAGAAGGCCAAGCUGUAUGCUGUGGAGAACGAGGAGCUGACUCAGCACUUGGGAGCAGCCAAAGAUGCCCAACGACAACUCACUGCUGAGCUGCAGGAGUUACAAGAUAAGUAUGCAGAGUGUAUGGAGAUACUCCACGAAGCUCAGGAGGAACUGAAGAACCUGAGGAAUAAAAAUCUACCGCUCACCACACAGAGGCGGUUCCACUCUCUGGGAUUAUUUGCGAUGGACUCUCUGGCAGCAGAAAUCGAGGGCACCAUGAGGAAGGAACUUCAGAUGGAUGAUCCAGACGUAGAAGAGCAGAGACUGCAGCCGAAGCGUGUGUUCCAGACAGUGAAGAACCUCAACAUAAUGCGUCAGCAGCGUUCAUCGCAAGCCCCCUCCCCGCACAACAUCCCGGGAUCCAAUCAGACGUCGUGCUUGACCUCGGGCCGGUCCAGCAGGGUGGGCACACCCAACUCCAACUCCAUUUACGGUAGCGAGACGGGAAGUGGGAUCAUCCUGGACAACAGGACAAGCAGUAUUCUGGAGGGUCCAGAUGACGGGUUGGAGGACUCGAACAGGCGCCCCCCUGGCACCCCAGGGACCCCAGGCAGCAGGGACCUGGAGGCGGCCCUGCGGCGUCUGUCGCUCCGCCGUGACAACUACUUCUCAGAAAAACGUUACUUAGAAGACGAAAGGGAGAGAAAGCUGGCCUACCUGUCCAAAGAGGAUGAAAAAGGAGGUGGGGAGGGUAGCGGAGGCCCAGGGACCCCGACUGAAAGCCUGCUGUCCAUGUGCUCGCAUCCCUCCAUUGGAAGUGCCUGGUCGGGAUACUCAUUCACGGCAAGAUCCUACCUGCCGGAUAAGUUGCAGAUUGUAAAACCGCUAGAAGGCUCCGCUACACUCCAUGCAUGGCAGCAGCUGGCUCAACCCCACAUGGGCGCUCUGCUGGACGAUCGGCCUGGUGUGGUCACGAAGGGCUUCCGCACUUUAGCACACGAGCAGGGACAUGAAGACAGGUGGGAGCUGGACCAACCAGAGGAGGACGAGCUCCUGUGUGACUCCUUUCUUGGCAUGUCAGAAGAAAGGGACGCUCAUUUGGAUCUGCCGUGCUUUACCUCUACUCCCUCCAGCUACCGCAACAAAAAUAGCAACUUCGCUGACAAUAGCCAAUUAGAGACAUUGCAUCCAGAAAUGUGUGGGGCGAAAGAAGCGGGACCCGUUGGAGCCAUGCCCCUUUCCUUAUCCAGCCUCUCCCCUUCCCCCUCUCCUUUCCCCUCUUCUUCUGAGAUGAUGAACGGGCACGUGGUCCAGAAGGAGCUCCAGGCCUCACAGCCUCCCACAAUGGAUCGCAUGCCCGUUAAUUUCCCAGGGAAGUGUAUGUCCACCACUAGCUCCACCUACACCUUCACCACCUGCAGGAUUCUCCAUCCGUCGGAUCAGCUGACCUCAGUGUCCCCGAGCCCAGCUAUAUCUUGUUACAGCAGCACUCGUGGCAGCACCCCUACUUCCUCCUCUUCUCCUAUACCCUUCUCUGCCCCAUCUACGCCCUCCUACACCCCCUGCUGCACCCCACGGCGCCUCUCCCUGGCUCUCUCCUUGGCUGAGUCCUCCACCAACCUCAGGGACUCCACCAAGACCACCAGCACCUCUCUUGGCCUGGUGAACCUCCUGCUUGAGCAUGGGAUCUCUGCAUCGGUGUAUAACCCCCUGAGCUGGGACCGAGGAUUGGUGUCCAGUGGAGCUUCGACACCCAGUGGAAGAACCCCGGUGCAGCGGUGCUCGGAUGCACCAGGGGAGGCUGAUGUCAGACAGGUGGGGAAACGCCCAGAGACCCUUCUCCUCCAGCCCUCCACCCCACCCAACUCCCCUCGCUCCAAAUCUGCUGCCUCCACCACCACUUGCCCGGUUUUUCGGUUCAGUACUUCCACUGAUGACCAUCCAUUCUAUGAGACCUUCCUCGCCUCUAAACCAGCUCGUAACAUUCUGAGGGAAGUUCUGGCGGAGAUGGAGAGGGAGCGAGGGGGCCAGGCAGAUGACGACAGCCAAACAGAGAUACUGAACCUAUGCCUUGUGGACAAACUGAAAAGUUUCCGCACCCUCACAGCUGCAGCCUCAUCUGGAAAUCCUCUUAUAGCUCCCUUUGGUUCCUCUGGCAUGCAGAACAGUGCUCUGGGUGGGGGGCUCCCAGGACUGAAUGCAGGACUGAGGAGGAAUCGUAGCUAUCCUGUCAUGGUGGGGGCUAGUAUGGCUAUGAAGGACCCAGGAGGUCCCCCCAACACAGAGAUACUUAUACCACACACAAUGCAAACCCCAAGUACACAACACACACAAGACAUAGGCAAAAUACAAGAAACGGGCAAAAAACGAAGAAAUCACACUCUGGCCUCAAAGCCCAUAAACAUACCACAGACACUACAUGCACUGGAGACAGUCACACCACAGACAAUAAUACAGAGACACAGCAGGCCGACAAGCAAUGACCAACACAGUGAUGAUGAAACUGUGACAUAAAUAGGCAAUGUUCAUUGUAAUUACACAUAUUACUACACACAAACUCACACGUUCAUUACAUGACUACACACACACAACUGAACCAAAUAUCAUCCAUCACUACACAGAGAUCCUUCAGCCAUGGAGCAAGCAAGAUGAUGAACCACAGAUCCCUCACACGCUCAACUAAACAACAAGUCGUCAUUGCUAAGCAGAUAACAUUACAACUAAUUGAAUCGAGCCAUAGACUGUAUCUAAAGAUGUACGACAAGACCACUCUCCAAAAGUGAAGCCAAAGUGUCUGGAUCGCCACCUGGUUGCUGGUUUCUGGCUGUCUCCUCCAUGUUAGUGGGUGGGACAUGAACCAUGAACUUAAAAGUCAAAGUCUGUGAUUUUAGGUAGUUCUUAUCACAUUGAUGCUUGAUAAAGUGUUCAUUCUGGUACAUUUUGUUUUAAUUAUUUCAUGCCAUAAAAAUGUAGUAAUAUAUCAUGAUCAAAUUUGUCUCUCACUACUGUGGCCCCAUCGCUACUGCGCAGUGUCCGCCUCCAAAUGUGGAUGGCUAAAUGGCAGUGUUUGUAUUUGUGAUAUUUUAUCUUCAUUUCUGGAUAGUGGGAGGAAGUCGAGAUGUAUCGUCCAUCUUUAUUUACGGUCUGUUAUCAACAUAAGCAGUGAAAUGGUGGUGAAUGAACCAGUAGUGGCUGAAACUGUUGCACUGUGUUAUACUCAUAAUGUCAGGAUAAUGAUGAUGCAGUCUGUUGCCUUCCGACGGUCUUUGUACUUGUAUAUUGUUAAAGCAAUAUACUGUCAUAUACAUAUAUAUAUAUAUAUAUAUAUAUAUAUAUAUAUAUAUAUAUAUAUAUAUAUAUAUAUAUAUAUAGUAUCACAUUAAAGGCCCAAUCUGAUGAAAAUACAAAAAGCUCUUUUCCCUCCUUAAUGAGUCCUCUUUUGGAAUAAAGGCAGCAACAUGAAUUUAAAAUAUACUGUAAUGACCAGAUAUAAGAUUGUUUAUUCCAUGACUACACAAUUGCACAUCAUAUCAUGUGUAGUAUGUAAGCCCAAUUUGUCUCUGUAACACACAAAAAGUACAAACAACAAUCGUGAUGUUUUUUUGACUUUUGGGUUUCUCCGUUUUUUUAAUCUGGCCUUUAUAAAAACGCCAUUAGUCUAAGAAUCAAGCUGAGAGACUUGUCUCAAUGUCAACCAAAGAUAAGUCCGAAAAUCUCCUAAAAAUAUUUUGUCAUCUUAUAUUCGUGCCACUAUGGUAUUUUUAAACCAUUUUUGUGUCUCCAUUGUAUUGCAAUGAAGUUAAAUGAACAUUUUAAAAUCACAUACAGUUGCAUUACAGAUUCAUUUCUACCAGCAACUCAUUUUUUUCUCUCUGAAAAUGUGAUAUGUAAUUUGGAAAAACAAAACUUGAUUGGGGCUUUAAUGUGACUGAAUGUUCUUAUGUGCCUAAAAAGAGCUAACAUACUUAUUCUCAUAAAAGAACGUGUCUGCAUCCGUUUUUAUUUGAUCAAUUUUAAUAUUUGUCUCUUGUUAGAUGAUGUGCUGUUAAGGAAGUGAAUGAGGAUACUCGUGCUUAUUAAUUUAAGGCGUCUAAACUUGCAGAGGGAGCUGCACACUUUUCAUUUAUGUUUGAUUACAUCAUUUUCUUGAAAACAUGAAAACAUGUAGCACACAACCGGCAUUACAGAUCAGGUCCUGCUCUCCAGAUACUUUGAUAAAACUUAACUUUUUUGUUUCUCAUUUUGGGGCACCACCUGUCUUUGUAUACCUAUCUAGUCUGUGUAAGUUUGAGGAGGAUGUGACAGCAGGACAUGGGCACAAACAUGCCAAUAGAGCAAAAUGCUGAUGGGAUCUGAAAGAUCAGGAAGUAAACUCUGCUGCAGUCCGAACUGUAAUGCCGAAGUUACCCCAAAAACUUUAUGUCAUUGCUGGUGUAUGCAAUCAUGCAUUCAUUUUGUCAACCUCAAACGUAAAGUGUAUGGGUGAAAUGUUAAGCACUACAAGGCAUCAGCGGACGUGUGUUUUUCUGAAUGUAACUGUAAGAAGAGUGACUUGAAGCAUAGUUUUAAGAAGCAGAGAUUUUAUCAAGUGUUGUUUCUGAGGGGAAAUGUUUGGUCCAGUUCCUGUGUCCAGCCUCAGGAUCAUCCAUCAGACAUUUUCUAAACUUUUUUAUAAUCUUGUUUGGAAGGAGAUAAAAAGAACACUGGGACUGGGCCACUGGCUGCUUGUCUGGCUGAAUUAAAGGACGAAUGGCUGGUGCUCACGCUGGCAGUGAUCUGUUCAAAUCCUAAAUGAUAAAGGGAUUCAACUUGCAAUGCGAGAUUAGCGCAAAUAAAAAAUAUAUUUAUUAAAAACUUGAAUUGUUAGAGACAAAACAUAUUAUUGAAUAUCUAUUGUUUAUGUUACAUCUUUUUUGAUCUAUAUUUUCAACUGUCUCUGUCACAUUUUGACUAAUUUUUGAUUGGAACAUUUUUUGUUAGUUAAAUGAUAAACAUUCAGUUAAAUUUGUCUUCAUAACAGCUAAAUAUUUGGUAGAAAAAGACAUCAGACAACAAUUUACAGUAUUUAACAAUGAUAUAGUGCUAAAACAGACAAGUGUGUGUGCUUUUUGUGUGUGACACUUGAAUCAUCUGAAUGUAAGUUAUUUCAAACUGUAAUCCUGCUGGUCUUUGUCUACAGUAUAUUGAUUGUUCUUUAUUAGUUUGUAUUAUCAGCAGAGAGGGAAUCUAUGCUUACAUUGUAAAUGUAUGCAACACAUUUAGCCAUGCUAACUAUUGUUUUUACGUAACUGUAGCGAAAUUGAGGAUUUUAUUUUGAAUAAAGGGGGAAAGAUACUUUCUGUUCAGGGACUGAAGUGUUCUAUUCUAAAGAAUAAGAAAAUAAAUGCAUAAACACAGAUGGUUUUUCAGGGACUGAAUAGUUCUAUUCUACAGAACAAAUGUACUGUCAACAAGAAAAUAAAUAUAUAAAAACUGA